UCGUCCUCUGCUCACUCUUGUCCAGGGGUACCCUGCGCCCUAGACGCCCUAGAAGCCGCCGCUCGCACGCCCUCUUCGUCCAGUGCCACCGCGCCCCGCAGUCAUGUCCACCAGGUCGGUGUCCUCGUCCUCCUACCGCCGGAUUUUCGGCGGUCCUGGCAUGGCCAGCCGGCCCAGCUCCUCCCGCAGCUACGUGACCACCUCCACCCGCAGCUACAGCCUGGGGAGCUCGCUGCGCCCCAGCACCAGCCGCAGCGUCUAUGCCUCGUCCCCGGGCGGCGCGUACGCCACGCGCUCCUCGGCCGUGCGCCUCCGGAGCAGCGCGGUGCCCGGCCUGCGGCUGCUGCAGGACUCGGUGGACUUCUCGCUGGCCGACGCCAUCAACACCGAGUUCAAGAACACGCGCACCAACGAGAAGGUGGAGCUGCAGGAGCUCAACGACCGCUUCGCCAACUACAUCGACAAGGUGCGUUUCCUGGAGCAGCAGAACAAGAUCUUGCUGGCCGAGCUUGAGCAGCUCAAGGGCCAGGGCAAGUCGCGCCUGGGGGACCUCUACGAGGAGGAGAUGCGGGAGCUCCGCCGGCAGGUGGACCAGCUCACCAACGACAAGUCCCGCGCCGAACUGGAGCGUGACAACCUGGCCGAGGAUAUUAUGCGCCUCCGGGAAAAGUUGCAGGAGGAGAUGAUGCAGCGGGAGGAAGCCGAGAGCAACCUGCAGUCCUUCAGACAGGAUGUCGACAAUGCUUCUCUGGCUCGUCUGGACCUUGAACGGAAAGUGGAAUCCUUGCAGGAGGAGAUCGCCUUUUUGAAGAAACUCCAUGAUGAGGAGAUCCAGGAGCUGCAGGCUCAGAUUCAGGACCAGCAUGUGCAGAUCGACAUGGAUGUGUCCAAGCCGGACCUCACAGCGGCCCUGCGGGAUGUGCGUCAGCAGUACGAGAGCGUGGCUGCUAAGAACCUGCAGGAGGCUGAAGAGUGGUACAAGUCCAAGUUUGCUGACCUUUCCGAGGCUGCGAACCGCAACAAUGAUGCCCUGCGCCAGGCGAAGCAAGAGUCAAAUGAGUACAGGAGACAAGUGCAGACACUUACCUGUGAAGUGGAUGCCCUUAAAGGAACUAAUGAAAGUCUGGAACGUCAGAUGCGGGAAAUGGAAGAAAACUUUGCAAUGGAAGCUGCUAACUACCAGGACACUAUUGGGCGCCUGCAGGAUGAGAUUCAGAACAUGAAGGAAGAGAUGGCGAGACACCUGCGGGAGUACCAGGACCUUCUGAAUGUGAAGAUGGCACUGGACAUUGAAAUUGCCACCUACAGGAAGCUUCUGGAGGGCGAGGAGAGCAGGAUUGCCUUGCCACUGCCAAGCUUUGCUUCCCUGAAUCUGAGGGAAACCAACCUGGAAUCCCUCCCUCUGGUGGACACCCACUCCAAAAGAACACUUCUGAUUAAGACUGUUGAGACCAGAGAUGGUCAGGUUAUCAAUGAAACUUCCCAGCAUCACGAUGAUCUGGAGUGAAAAUCCUACAUAUUUGGUGCAAUCUCUUACCAGCAGAAUAAAAUAAAUUCAUAUCAUAAAGGAAAACAGCUUUCCAAGUGCCUUGUCUGCAGUUUCUCAGGAGCGCAAGAUAGAUUGGAGAUAGGCAUGAGAACUAGUUCUCAAGAAACAACAGUUGUUUAAGAUGUAGGAAAAAAAGUUUACAAUUAAAUCUAGUUUAUGAAAACAACUUGUGCUAGAAUACUUUUCUUAAAAAGUAUUUUUGAAUACCAUUAAAACUGCUUUUUUCCUGCGACCAAUUUGUUCUGCUCUAAUAAAACUUUGGAA